CAUAUCGGGAUUCACAUGCCAGUGGCCACUGCGCAGCCACAAGGAAGCUUACCGGCGCCGCCGGUUCACACCCUCCAGCCUUCUCCGCCUUGACCCUCCACCUCUUGCUCAUAGAUAUUUUUCUUGUAUUUUUCAUCUCUCCUUCCUCACCAGCUGCUCCGCACCUUCGUUCCGAUCUGUGCGCCACCUAAUCGCCCGAUUGACCUCGAAAUCUCGAUCCUUUACUAGAUAGAUAAAUAGAUAUAUUCCUUGCUCAGUUCAGAUUUUCUUGUCUUCUUCUUGCCUUGUUCUGCAUGUCCAAUCGCUCCUCGAUUUUGUGCUCUCCGGUCCUGCUUGAUCUGUUGGUUUUUUUCUCUCUCUCUCGCUUUCUUGUCCUUUUCUCUGUGUAAGAGCUCAGUCUUGCUUCUUCAUCUCGGUCUUCAUAAAAUUCGAUUCCAUUUCCACUUCUCGCGGUCAGAAAUUAGUUCUUUCUGUUGCGUUGGUGAAGAAAAAGGGGGCGGUUUAGUUAAUGAUAGCAAACAUGAACUCCGAUUCUUAGCUUAGUUUGCUGGCCAAAGAUGAGAUCUUUUUGAGUUGUAUGGUCUCGGCCAAAGAUGAGAUCUUUUUGAGUUGUAUGGUCAAAUCCAUUCUCAGCACCGAUGUCUCCAUGGGCUCUUCUCCCUUCUCUCCUCCUCCUCCUGUGCUGCUCAUCUGUGGCUAUCGCUUCCACCUCUGAGCCAACCCUUUCACGGGCUGCUUGUGGAGACGAGCAAGUUGCCGUCUUGGGCGCCUCUGGUGGCCUCCUCAACCUGUCGGUCAAUGGGAAUUUGGUGCAGGACCGUGUUGUUGGCUGCGAGAAGCUCCGGUCCUACUUCCGGAGCGGUUGCCUCCGCUGCGACGAGCUGUCAGAUGCGUGGAGGGGUGCGGUGAAGCAGUACUGUGGCGAAGGGAGCGAAUCAAGCUAUGCUCAAAAUGUAACAAGGAAGCUUUUGAGGCAGCCCACAGCGAAUAGUGCAAAAAUUGAUUAUGACCCAUGUCAAAGCAUGAGCUUGCACGAAAAUAAUCAGCAUACCAAUGAUUCUUCAGAAAAAGAGGGUCAUCUCCUGGUGGUGCCAGGUGUGAUUCUCCUGUGCUGCGGUCUCAUGUUUCCAUGCUUUCAUGCCGAGAGGAAAGAAGCCAGCAGGCACCACACUGCAACUAUUGAGCGUAAUGCAGUUGAAUCAAUUUCAUCCUUUGAAGUAAGCACGUCAGCCGAGAAGGUUCCACCGACCCCACACCGUAUACCUCCAAGCCCGUCUAGAUUCGCACCGUCUCCACAAAUAGCUCGAGUUGGAUCCGUCGACUUAACUCUCCAGCAGAUUCUGAGGGCGACUCAGAACUUCUCACCUUCAUUUAAGUUAGGCGAAGGAGGAUUUGGGAUGGUCUACAGGGCUGUAUUACCAGAUGGCCAUGUUGUUGCAGUCAAGAGAGCUAAAAAGGAUCAGUUUGCAGGUCCGAGAGACGAGUUCAGCAACGAAGUGGAGUUGCUUGCUAAGAUAGACCACCGAAAUUUGGUGAGGUUACUGGGUUUUACUGAUAAAGGAAAUGAGCGUAUUAUCAUCACUGAGUACGUUCCAAAUGGCACUCUGAGAGAACAUCUGGAUGGUCAACAUGGAAGAGUCCUUGAUUUUAAUCAGCGCCUAGAAAUUGCAAUCGAUGUUGCUCAUGCGCUUACUUAUCUGCAUCUGUAUGCAGAGAAGACAAUAAUUCAUCGUGACGUGAAGUCAUCAAACAUCCUGCUGACUGACAGCUACCGGGCCAAGGUGUCUGACUUUGGAUUUGCAAGAAGUGGCCCCAGUGACACAGAGAAGACACACAUAUCAACGAAAGUCAAAGGAACAGCUGGCUACCUUGACCCUGAGUACCUGAGAACGUACCAGCUGACUCCUAAGAGUGAUGUCUUCUCCUUCGGCAUAUUGCUUGUAGAAAUUAUUUCUGCUCGCCGACCUGUAGAGCUAAAGCGGACCCCUGAAGAGAGGAUCACUAUCAGAUGGACUUUCAAGAAAUUUAAUGAAGGAAACAUCAGAGAGAUAUUGGACCCGUUGCUGGAGGAUCAUGUUGAUGAUGAGGUGCUUGAAAAGAUCCUCAGCUUGGCGUUCCAGUGUGCUGCUCCGACGCGGGAGGACCGUCCGACUAUGAAGGAAGUCGGGGAGCAGCUGUGGGAAAUAAGGAAAGAGUACGGAAAGAGCGUCAGGAAGGUGUGAAGAUUAUGGAGGAUAUCAGCUCUUUCAAGGCUUUCCUUCAACUACUUCCCAAGCAUGCAAAUUCUUCGCACCAUUGUAUGCAUAUCUUAUGAAUAUGUUUCUGACCUGACAAAUGUGGUCUGAGCAAUAUACAGAGUGGGAUAGCAUCUCCAGCAAUUUGUAUUUUCCUUGUCUAUCUGUUUGCAGUGUGCUCCAUGGAGUUACAAUUCUUUUAGUGAAUGUAUAUCUGGGAGUUCUCA